UUGCCAAUCAUAGACAACAAUCUAAUGCCGUAUAUGCAAGAGUUCUAUAAAAGGCUUACUCUAAGAGAUCAAAAUUACAGUGUCAUACGAACUAUGAACCGUGGAAGUCUUUUAUUGCUCUUUGCUGUGGCUGUUUGUUCUGCCUUCGCAGAACAAGCUCGCUUCGAUAACUAUCGUGUGUAUGAGGUAUAUGUCGCAUCUGAGCAGCAACUAGAGACAUUGCAGUAUUUAGAAGAUCGCCCGGAUGGCUACAUAUUUUGGGAUUCGCCUGUGCAAAUCAACAUGCAGCUAGAAAUCGUUGUGCCUCCGCAUAAGUACGCUGAUUUCGAGGAAUUGUCUAACAGGCUGAAUCUGAAAACACGAUUGAUAAUAAAGAAUUUCCAACAAGUUGUUGACGAAGAGCGCCCUGCAAAAAGUGCACGGAAUUUCGGAUGGACCGACUACUACUCCACGAACCAGAUCUAUGCUUGGUUGGACGAACUGGUCGGAAGAUACCCAAAUGUGCUGACCAAAACAGUUUACGGACAAUCUUUCGAAGGCCGUGAUCUGGUAGCUGUAAAACUGUCACAGAAGGCCAACAAUCCAGGUAUAUUCAUCGAAGCGAACAUCCAUGCUCGAGAAUGGAUUGCUUCAGCGACUGCCACCUGGCUUCUGAAUGAACUGUUGACUUCCACCAGUGCAUCUGUAGUGGAUCUGGCUCAAAACUACGAUUGGUACUUCAUUGUAAUGGCCAAUCCCGAUGGAUACGAGUUCAGUAGGGAUAGCAACCGAAUGUGGAGGAAAACUCGUCAGCCAUCUAGUGUUUUGUGCAUUGGAACCGAUCCCAAUAGGAACUUCGAUUACAACUGGAGAAAUGGAGGAGCCUCAACGAAUGCCUGUUCCGAUACCUUCUCUGGACCGACCGCAUUCUCCGAGCCAGAAACGCUGGCCAUGGCCAAUUAUUACGCUACAGUUGCUGAUAAAAUUGAUGUUCAAUUUUCAUUCCACUCCUAUGGUCAGUACCUAUUAACUCCGUUCGGAUUUACUGGUGCCCCGGCUCCGGCCAACAAUGCUGAUCUACAGCAAAUAGCUGCUAGAACUGCUUCUGCCAUUCAAGCUACGUAUGGUACUACUUACACUUACGGAAAUAGUGCACAGCUUCUGUACGUCACCUCUGGCAGCACCAACGACUAUUUCAUGGGAGUCCAUGGCACCAAGUUAUCAUACACAUUCGAAUUCCGCGACACCGGAUCCACUGGAUUCGUACUUCCAGCCGCCCAGAUUAUUCCAAACGCCGAAGAAACACUCAAUGGACUGAUCGCAUUCGUAGCCGAAGCAAAGGUUUUGGGAUACUUAUAAAUUUUUUAACUAUACCUUUAUUGAAAAUAA